AUGGAGUCCAAAUUAAAUUACAAAGACACUCACAUACAGGACAGUGAUAAAACUAAUAUAAAUCUAACGACACCGUUCUCGAUAAACGACAUACUGACUAGAGAGAAUGAGUCCAAGUGCAAUUUUGAAAAUGGAAUGUUUUGCUCGGACGCGUUCGGCGGGAAAAUGAAAUGCCUCAAACCGGCCAGUUACAAUAAGGACGAUUACAAGAAGGAGGCCGCUGAAAAGAGUAUGAAUUACUACGACGAUAAUUAUAAGGAUUACGCUGAUGAUGGAGCCAUUGAUAUGUCUAGGAAGAAUAAUUUCCCGGUUACAGAAUUAUCCGAUGACUACGACUCUUCGUCCAACACUGGUUCUCCGCGGCGUCAUUCUUCUCCCUCUUGUGAUAAUUACCGGCCCUUCAUACAAUACGACAGAAAAUGUAGCACACCCACAGACUCUAGACACGGAUAUAUGGAUUACACACAGAAUAGCGGACGUAAAAAACGCUCUAGAGCCGCAUUCUCUCAUGCUCAAGUAUACGAAUUGGAGAGAAGAUUCAGUCAACAAAGAUAUUUAUCAGGACCAGAACGUGCUGACCUCGCAGUCAGUCUAAAAUUAACGGAGACGCAGGUCAAGAUAUGGUUUCAGAAUCGACGGUACAAAACUAAGAGGAAACAGAUGCAAUUACAAGAGAGCGGCUUACUAGCGAACCACGCGAGGAAAGUAGCUGUGAAAGUGCUUGUUAAUAGCCAGCUACCCGAUAUUAAAACAUACCAAGCACCGUGUAAAAACCCAGCACUAUUCCAACCACCAAUGCUCGAUAAUUCUAUAAUCAAGCACUUCGCUGGCGUCUACGAUUUCGCUAAGAAUCCCGAAUACAAAGCGCUUUUACAAGAAUCGUACAAUCAAGCGGUGUUACAAUCUUUAUACGCGCCGCAUUUAGGGGUAAAUUACCCGAACUUACCCUUGUCGUACAUGUAUUACCCUGGACAUCCGUUUGGGAUGUGCGACAUGAAUGGGGAAACUAGCGACAAGUACUCGGGUAACAAGGGUAACAAAGGUAACGACGGUAACAAAGGUAACGAAGGUAACAAAAGUAACGACAAAUAUAAACCAAUGGAUAUUAAUGAGAAUAGCAACGACAGUAUGGCGAGUAACAUAGAAAUCGAAAAUUAA